AUGGUUGCCACUCACAAUUUCACCGUCUUCCGUGGCGACAAUACCGGCAAGAUCCAACGCGGCACCACCGAGAAGAGGUUGGAGGCAGAUGAGGUCCUGAUCCGUGUCACCCACUCCGGUCUUUGCGGCACCGACUGCCACUUCCGAAGCAGCGGGAUUGUCCUCGGACAUGAAGGUAUCGGCACCGUUGAGGCUUGCGGAGAGAAUGCGAAGAAGUACACGAAGGGUGAUGUUGUUGGAUGGGGAUACAUCCACGAAACCUGCGGUUCCUGCCAUAACUGCCUCUCCGGAAGGGAAGUCUACUGCGCUACCCCCAAGAUUUUCGGCAACCACGCCGUCGACCAAGGCUCUCUGUCCACCCAGGCCAUCUGGAAGGAGGCUUACAUCUUUGCUAUCCCGUCGGCCCUCAAUCCCGCCAACGCUGCGCCGCUGAUGUGUGCCGGUGCCACCGUCUUCUCCCCCCUCUACGAACACGGCGUCAACGGCACCCACACCGUCGGAAUCGUCGGCAUCGGUGGUCUCGGUCACUUGGCCAUCCAGUUCGCGGCGAAGAUGGGAUGCCGCGUAGUCGUGUUCUCCAGCACCGAGGACAAGCGCGAUGAGGCCAUGAAGCUCGGUGCCAACGAGUUCUAUGCCACCAAGGGAAAGACCCAUCUGGAUGUCGAGCACCCUCUCGACUUCCUCCUCGUCACCACUAGCUUCAUCCCUAGCUGGAAGAUGUACUUCGACACCAUGGCGAAGGGCGGAACCGUUGUCGCACUAACCGUUGCGCAAGGAGACAUCACGAUUCCGUACGAGAAUAUCUUGCAGAAGGGACUGAAGCUCAUGGGCAGCAGUGUUGCGUCACGAUGGGUCCACAAACUCAUGCUGGAGUUCGCGGCACGCCACAACAUUCAAGCACAGAUCGAGGAGUUUCCCAUGACCGAGGAGGGAAUUACCGAGGCGUUCGAUAAGCUCGACGCCGGAAAGCUGCGGUACCGUGCAGUUCUGAAGAACGAGAUGUAA